UCCCCGCGUCCAGUUGGCUCACUUCCGUUCCGGAGCAGCGACUGCUCAGUUUGUAGUGUAAAGGCUUUAGUAGCUAAAGGUCGCGGAUUAUUAGUUUAUCGAUAUCGGAUUUUAUGGUGUAAACCUGUAUUUGAGACUCGGACUAAUCCUGGUCAGUUAUCGCUGUGCUAUAAGGAGUUAGCCGGCUAAGUUCAGGAUUUAACAGGCUGUAAGUAAGGAGGUUAGCUAAGUUAGCUUAGCUUGGUUAGCUAGGCUAGAUGACUAGCUCGCAUGUAAGCGGCGAAAUCUGCAGUAGCUAGGUUAGCUAUAGCUAGCCUGUUUUGAUAGCCCGGCGGGUAUCAGGAUGAGUGGUGUAGGGUGUGUUAACGGUUAGUUGGGACUCACAGUGGUGAUAGGUUAGCUGUUAGUGGAGCUUUUAAACGUAUCGAGGGUUAGAUAUCUUGUUAGAUAUCUAAGCUAGGUUAACUUGACUGCAGGCUUUUGGCUAGCUAACGGCUCUGCAGUAUUAUUUAGCUAACGUUAGCUAGGUAGUUAGCUUAGCUGUUAGCUAGCGCAGUGUGUGGAUGUGCGGCUGCAGGUUUACUGCAGGAGAAACAGAAGCCGGAGAAGGAAGCUGCUUUUAUUUCUGGUGUCUAUAGUAAAGUGUGUGAACUAAUUUAGGUGGUUGGAACGGCUAAACUGGCCUGAUAGCUGUUAAAUCACCCGGAUACUCCGCGCAGAGCUCCUGGAGCUGAGGAUUGCAGCAGUGAGAUACACUGGACGUAGCACUGAUGUAAAAUCCUUUGACCUCUCUCCGCCGCUACCUCAAACUGAAGAAAAAGUCUUCAUUACCUUUCUUCAGUAUCCAAACACAUUCAGUUUCUUAGCACAUUCCCUUCUAAAUAGUUAUCAUGUUGAUAAGAAGCAUCUGCAUCUAUAAAUCUAUAAAAGUUUAAGGUUUAUCUUCUGAGAUUUGCAGGGAUUUUAGUUGUUUGUUAGAUUUUUUUUCCCCUCUGCUGCUGUAUUUGUUGUUGGGACCGGUUAAGCCGGUGGUUGGAUGAGUUUUUGAAGCUGGGGUGUGACUCAUGGGCUGCAAUGAUGUCGGAGGCAGGAGUUUGCCGUCCGGUGAACACAGAGUAUGCUGUUUCUGUGCUGGAACAGCUCAAGUUUUUCUACGAGCAGAAAUUACUGACGGACAUCACUUUGCUGGUGGAAGACAAUGAGUUCCCCUGCCACAAGAUGAUUCUGGCUACAUGCAGCUCUUAUUUCAGAGCGAUGUUUAUGAGCGGUUUAAGUGAAAGUAAGCAGUCACAUGUUCAUCUGAGGAAUGUGGAUCCUGUCACUCUGCAGACAAUCAUCACCUAUGCUUAUACAGGCAAUUUGGCCAUCAGCGACAGUACUGUUGAACCUCUGUAUGAAACAGCCUGCUUUCUACAGGUUGAGGAUGUGUUGCUGCAGUGUCGUGAUUACUUGGUGAAGAAAAUCACGGCAGAUAACUGCGUGCGAAUGCUGAGCAUUGGCGAUAUGUUCAGCUGUAAUGAGUUAAAGCAGAGCGCGAAGCGGAUGGUGGAGCACAAGUUCCCAGUGGUAUAUCGUCAAGAGGCCUUCCUGCAGCUUUCCCACGAGCUGCUGCUAGACCUGCUCAGCAGUGACAACCUGAAUGUGGAGAAAGAGGAGACGGUGCGGGAGGCGGCCAUGUUGUGGCUGGAGUACAACAUGGAAGCCCGCUCGCAGUACCUGUCGUCUGUCCUUAGCCAGAUUCGGAUUGACGCGCUUUCUGAAGUCACGCAGCGUGCCUGGUUCCAGGGCCUUCCUCCUAAUGAUAAAUCAGUGGUGGUGCAGGGUCUUUAUAAGUCCAUGCCCAAGUUCUUCAAGCCAAGGCUGGGGAUGACCAAGGAAGAGAUGCUCAUUUUUGUGGAAGCUGAGUCGCCCGGUGACAGUCAGCCAAUAGUGGUCGGUCCUCGUCACACUGUGGUGUGUUACAGUCCGCAGGCUGAGAAGGUCUACAAACUAAGCAGUCCGCCGGGAGACCUGCAGAAGGUUGGUACUUUGGUCACUCCGGACAAUGAUGUUUUUAUUGCUGGUGGUCAGGUACCUCUUAAAAGUGCUUUGGCUAGCCAUGGCAGCAAAAGUGGCAAGCUUCAGGCUGCAUAUUGCUCUGUUGACAGUUUCUACUGGCUGGAUGCCCAGCAGAACGCCUGGGUUGCCAAGACGCCCAUGCUCUGUGCUCGCACCAAACCUUCCCUGGUGUACUGCCAGGGGCAUAUAUACGCUAUUGGUGGUGAUAACGUAGGCGGAGAGCUUAAUAAGCGCACGGUUGAACGGUAUGACUGUGAGCGAGAUGAAUGGAGCAUGACUAGCCCCCUGCCCUGUGCCUGGAGCUGGAGCACAGCCGUGGCUGCCCGAGACUGUGUCUACGUUAUGAGCCACGACCUCAUGUACUGCUAUUUCCCUCACGCCGACACGUGGGUGGAAAUGGCCAUGCGGCAGACGAGCCGCUGCUUUGCUUCUGCUGCAGCGCUGGGUGACCUCAUCUUCUACAUAGGUGGCCUUCAUGUCGUGGGGAACUCCAGUUUGCGGCUACCCACGAGCACUAUUGAUGGUUCUUCUGUUACUGUGGAGAUUUACGACGUGAACAAGAACGAAUGGCGGAUGGCUGCCAACAUCCCAGCUAAACGCUACUCUGAUCCAUGCGUUCGUGCUGUAGUUUUGUUGAAUUCCUUAUGCAUCUUUAUACGUGAAACUCACCUUAACGAACGUGCAAAAUACGCCCUUUACCAGUACAACCUGGAGCUGGACCGGUGGUGCCUGCGGCAGCCUGUCUCUGAGCGCGUGCUGUGGGACCUGGGUAAGGACUUCCGUUGCACUGUGGGGAAACUGUACCCAUCCUGCUUGGAAGAGUCACCAUGGAAACCGCCCACCUACCUCUUUUCCCCGGAUGGAGUGGAGGAAUUUGAAGUGGACAGGGACAGGGACAUGGUAGCACUGCCGCAUGUAUAGCCUUAGAGCUCAAACUUUGAGAUCAUAGCAUUUUUCCCCCCCUAGCCCAGGGUAACUAGUUGCAAUUCUUAAGGGUUGUAGUUCCACCAAGUUUCUCUUCAAAAUCAUUUCUUAUCAAACACACCCGAUUACACCUGGUUACUGAAGGAAUACUCCAUUUUACUCUCCGUCUGAUGCAUCUGUAGUCUCCAGUCAGUCCAAAGAAAUAAUAUGAUUAUAAAUAUGUUCUAACUUGCGAAGAACUUGCUGGACAUUCAUGAAAUUGUAUCAGUAAUGUUACCCAUAGUUUUGUACUUCAUUGAGGUAACCGUAUUUGUAAUACAGAGCUGUAAAUAUGUAUAUUUGGUUCUUUCAAAGAAUUGACUAGUCAAGAGGGAUGAAGUACAACCAUAAUGAUGUGUGUCUGAAGUUUGGUUUCACCUAAUUAGAUUGAAUACCAGAAAGCCUUUGGGGGGAAAAUAAGUCAAAAGUACUAAAACUGUUCUUCGUUUUGCAUUGUCAAGUUGGAUAAAACGAAACCUUAUAAGCGCAGCACUGGCAUGGCAUGACAUGAUUGUCAGCAGUAAUUGUCCUGUAAAAGCCGAAAACUGAGAUUAGGCUGAGCACACUGGAGUAUUCCUUUAAUUCCAUGAAUCAUGUGUGUUCGAGCCAGGAAAGCCCUAAAUCAUGCUCGGCUUCCACCUUCCUGCAGGACUAAGGUAGACACUCCUGCAUUAGCUUACCUGUUUUCUGGAACUUUCUUUAAGUCUUCAAAUUACUUCCAGUAGGAUGUUCUGAGAGGAUUAAAGAGUGAGAAUCAUUUAACAUAGCAGGGUGUUCGUGUUCUUACUUCCAUUAGGAAUUUAAAAAAAAAUACGUACUGUGCAAAAUGAAGUAAGACCCACCCAGUCAACCACAACCUCCAAUCCCAACCUGCCCAUGCUGCCCCAGGAGUCACCACUGAUAACUUGUACCAUAACCAUUAUACACUUUAGCUGUAAUCAUCAUAAUCAUUUUUUGGUUGAACAAUGUGAUAAUGUUAAGAAACUGAUGGUAUUGAUUUUGAUUAUGAUGACAUAAAGGUUAACUGCCAGCUAACUGGCAUUAGCAGUGAAAUACUGUUUUAUCUGUAUUAUUUUUUGACAACAUACCCAAAUAAGGGACUCCUGAAUUCAAGCUGGAUUUGUGCAUGACGAAAAAAAACCCAUUAAUUUUUAAAUGCUGUACUAAACUGAAAUGUACAAAAGCUUACCCUACACACACAGUAGUCGAAAUGUGAGCUAUUACAAUUAUUACUACUUAAAGCUACAUGCAUGCAACUGAGUUCCUUUUCUAGUAAGGCUACUACUUUUAUUCAAUGGAACUGCAUCAUCUCGGCCACAGUAUACAAUGGCCAGGGCCUACUUAAACUAGUCUCAUGUCUCAGAAGAGUUAAUGUUACACACAUUUCUCAGUAUUAUACAAUGUUAGGAUUAGGUUUUUUAUUUCUGAUCAGUGCAUAACUCCACCACACUAAAUCUCCCAAAGUCACUUAAAGGAGAAAUCUGGUGUGAAAUGGACAUUAGGUGUAGUGAAACGUAAUAACGAGAAUAAACUUUUGUUGAAUAGCCCACCUCCAUUCACCCUCAGCAUUCCGAAUUAAAGCACGUUUAGCCGAUGCUCCCAACAGGCUAAUGCAAUGCUAAUAAUAGUAACAUAGUGGCGCACAUGCAAAGAAAUUGCUAUUAUUUAACAUGCUCAAAGAAGCUCCGCAUUUCAUUGGUAGAAUUCUGAGGGCCCUUACAUUUAAAUCGAGACACUGAGAAAUUUGAAAGUGCACAGCCAGUUUAUUAAAAAGUGUUUAUAAACACAGUACCUUGAGCUAGUUCUCCGGGCGAUAGUCACAAUAAGUCGACAGAUUGCUAAAUGAAUUCAGUGGAAAUGGAAUCUGUUCCCCUUUCCUACCUAUUCACUCAGCAGUCGACUUAUCGUGACUUAAUUUCUCAAGGUACUGUGUGUAUAAAUAGUCUUUUUUUCUCAAAGUUAUCAGUGCAUUUUUUUAUGUCAAAGCCAUUAGAAUUCUACCAAUGAAGUUCUGAGAUUGACCUUGUUAAUGAUGUAAAAAUGGCGAAUUCUUUAUGUGGGUAACACUGUCCUUAUCACUAGCGUUGUUUGUUUGUUGAAAGCAUCAGCUAAAAGCUCUGUAUUUCAGAAUGCUGGGGGUAAACGAAGGUAGUCUGUUCGACAAAGUUUGACAGAAGUUCGUGCUUGCCAUCAUGUUUCACUACAUUAAGUCCAUUUCACUCCAUAUUUUUUUCCUUUAACUAUGGUUUGCAUGUCAAUUUAAUGUUAACAGAUGGUGACUUGCUUAUAGACUUGUUUAGUGUGGAUCUAGCAAUGUCUGCAUUAUGCUAGGACUCAGGAGUUCCUUAUUUGGGCAUUUUGGCGAUACAGUGACAUGUCUGCAGAAAGGUUAUUGUACCAAACAUCCUGUUUUAUUCUUUCUUUGCCUUUUUACAUGGUUUGUCCCAUCUUUACUAACCAUAGAAUGCAGUGUAAUCAUGUGUACGGGUCACGUGUAGGUGAGUGUGUUUAGGUUCUUAGGAGCUGACUGCUGGUCCAGUCGGUGGUUCACUUGUUCAUUUCAUGCAUCUCUCAGCUCCAAUCCUUGUUGCCUCUACAAAACUACAGAUCCCUCUAUACAGUAGGCACGGCAUCAUCAUCAUCAUCUCCUCUGUUGGGUUUGCUGGAAUUUUUUUUUCUUCUGUAUCUCUAAUAAUCUGGCUUACAUGCUCACAUACCCAUCGCCGCGCUCAAUUAAAUUUGACUUUAUACAUAUUUGUGAGCUGCUGAAGUAUUGUCUCCUUCACAUAAACACCUUGCAGUGUGGGGGACAAUGAUCAGGUCUAUUUUGUAUUAAGUAUAUUUUAUAUUAUUUAAUAUCAGCCAUUACUGUAGUAAGACUGGGUAUGUAUAUGUAUUUUGUCUUUUCUCUGUUAGUUUGUUUUUUGGUCAGAUUUGAGGGGACUUGCUGCUGAUUGAUUCUUUUAGGGGGGGAAGAGGACACGCCCAAGCCUGUUGCUAUGGCAAAUGUUCCAGCAACCACUAGCAGUUGGGAAGGGGUGGGAGUUGAUGGGAUUCUCGUACCAUAACCAUUUGAGCACAGGUGCUAUCAGCAGAUUCUUUACUAGCAUGUUCAACUGCAUCCUGUUUUUUUGGCACUGUAUUUUGAAUGAACAUUAAUUUAUUAAAAACCAUACCAAAAUA